AUGCAAACAAAAGAAGAGUGUGUAUUGACUUUGGUUUCAAAAGUGGUGGAUUUGCAAAAUGAUCGGAUUUUAGCUUACAAGCAAUUUGAAAGUUCGUUUAAAUCCUUCAAAGCAAAUCCGAAUGACAAGAUUGAAAUUCUAAAAUAUCAACGAGUGAUUGAAACGACGACACAAGAAUUCCAAGAAAUAUCGGCAAAUGUAAGAGGCGUGCAACAACAAUUGAAAGAUUUAGGCCAAGAUAAAUUUUCAACCAUGAUUGAUAAUUUACAAAAUUUGGAAAGGGACAAACUACAAACUACCAUCGCUAUUCAAAAAAUAGAACAAUCAUGUGAAGAAGAAAAGAAGAAAUUAGAAUGUAAUCACGAUGAGAAAACAUGUCAACACACUCAUCAUAGUGACGAAGAAGAGUUGGGAGGAGCCAAGCUGCUCAUGCUUCAAAAUGACUUAAAAAAGUUUAAACAACAUCAUGCUGAAUUGAUCGAAGGAAUUAACGAAAUAUUGGAGGAAUUUAAAUACGAUAUUGAGGACUUGAGAACAAUCGUGCAGGAACAAAAAGAAAUGAAAGUGGAUGAUAAUGUACAAUCAGACUCAGGUGGAAUUUAUAUGUAG